AUGAUUUAUCAAUACAGUGAAAAAGUCAUCAUUAUUUUAGCAUCGGCCCUUUUAGCUUUAAUAUUUUGUGUCAAAAAGUUACAUAGCUUGUACCUCAGUAAUAAAUGGAACUGUCAGGAAGUUUUAAGGAUUAAACACGAUUACUUCGGUAUCCAAAAUGCCAAAAAAUUAUUUGCAUACAGAAAUGAAGGACGUGAUUUACAAAUGCAAAGAAAUUUAUUCAUUGAUUAUAAUACUGAAACUUUAAGACAAACCUUAUUAGGUAAAGAUUUGAUUUAUACUUGUAGUAUAGAAAACAUCAAGGCUGUGGUUAACCAUCAAUUUGAAGAUUUCUCCAUUGGUUAUAGACAUGAAGCUUUUAAGCCACUUUUAGGGGACGGUAUUUUUGCAACCGAAGGACCAAAAUGGAAAAUUGCGAAAACCGUAUUAAGACCUCAAUUCACUAGAGAUCAAAUAUCUGAUUUACACAACUUAGAAAUUCAUGUGAAGAACUUUGCUGCCAGAAUCAGAGAAUUCAAAGGAGAAAAAUUUGAUGUUCAGGACUUAGUGUUGAAAUUAACUUUAGAUGCAUCAACCGAUUUCUUAUUUAAUGAAAGUGUGGGUUCAUUAACUUCUCAAGAUUAUGUUUCUGGUGGUUAUACCUUUGAAGAAGCUUUCAACAAAGUCCAAAAGUAUAUCUUUGCUAGAGGUUUAUUACAAAGUUUGUAUUGGAUUUACAAUCCCAAGGAUUUCAGAGAAUGUCUUGAUGUAAUUCACACAUUCACCCAUUCUUUUGUUGAGAAAGCUUUAAAGAUGACUUCUUCAGAAAUUGAGGAUAAAAUCGCUAAAAGUGGUGGUUAUGUUUUCAUAUAUGAAUUGGUUAAAAUCACCAGAGACCCAAAAAUUUUACAUGAUCAUUUAUUAAACAUUAUGUUAGCUGGUAGAAAUACUACUUCAGCUUUAAUUUCUUCAUUAAUCUUGGAAUUAGCUAGAAAUCCUCAAGUUUAUGAAAAAUUGAAAAAUGAAGUUUAUUUACAUUUUGGUGAUAAUGAAAAUUGUGAUCUUGAUAGUAUUAAUAUCGAUACCAUGAAAAAAUGUAAUUACUUACGUCAUGUUGUCAAUGAAGGAUUAAGAUUAUAUCCAUCUGUUCCUCAAAAUUAUCGUUGUGCCAAAAAGAAUACCACUUUACCUACUGGAGGUGGUGCUGAUGGUAGCAAAAAAGUAUUUAUUGAAAAAGGUCAAGUUGUAUUUAUGUCAUUUUAUUCUUUACAAAGAUCUGAAAGAUUUUACGGUAAAGACGCUAAUGAAUUUAAUCCUGAUAGAUGGGAAAGCAUCAAAAAUCCUGGAGGUUUUAUGCCAUUCUUAUCAGGGCCAAGAAUUUGUCUUGGUCAACAAUUUGCUAUUACUGAAGCUUCGUACAUUAUCUUGAGAUUUUGUCAAUUAUUCCCUAAUUUAAAAUCUUUUGAAACUGAAUACCCCCCAAGAAUCCUGGCUAAUGCUACCAUGAAACUUAGGGAUGGUGUUUUUGUAUCAUGUUCUUAG